UCAUGGCCGCCGCCCGCUCCCAACAUGGCCGCCCGUGCCUCAGGGCCGGCCCCGCGCGCGUGCGCGGUGCGAUGCGGCGCGCGCUGAGGGCGCUGCUCCGGCUGCCGCCGCCAUGGCGGCCCCGCCGCCCCCCGCCCGGCCUGAGGGGCCCGGCCCGCACCGCCCCGCCGCCUCUCUGCGCUCCUGCCCGCCUGCUCUGCACCGUCCGGGGACAAUUCUGGGGCCCGGCCCGCCCGCUCUGCACCGUCCACGGACAGCUCUGCGGCCCGGCCCGCUCGCUCUGCACCGCCCCGGAGCAGCCGACGGCCACGCACUAUCGCCUGGUGUACACCUGCAAGGUGUGCCAGACCCGCUCAGCCAAAUCCAUCUCUAAGGCCGCCUACCACCGAGGGGUGGUGAUCGUGACAUGUCCCGGCUGCGGGAACCACCACGUUAUCGCCGAUAACCUGGGCUGGUUCUCCGACCUGGAGGGAAAGAGGAAUAUCGAGGAGAUCCUGGCAGCCAAAGGGGAGAAGGUGAGACGUGUGGCUGGUGAGGAAGCCCUGGAACUGCUGCUGGAAAGCUCUGCAGAGCCCCAAGGUCAGCUGGCAGAGGGGGACAGCAGGGAAGCCCCCCCAGAUCCUGGCAGCAAGGGACACACCUGACACCAGGGAUUGUGGCCUGUGGGACAGAUGUGGCACAUGAGAUUGUGGCCUGUGGGACAGACCUGCCACGUGGGAUUUGGAUCAUUCUGCUUGUGGCGAGAGACCCUUCACCUUCAUUCCCUGGUUUCAACUGUCUGUUUUUAAAAUAAACUCGAGUGUUGGGUUUUCUCUGUUU